UGUCAGACAAACAAAUGCAAUUAAAAAAAAACGUCAACAUUUGACAAUUGUUUUUCUGUAUCAUGUCUGUUUUGAUUCUUGGCGGGGUCGAAGAUUUCGUAAAAUAAAAACGAAUUGAGAUUAAAAAUAAUGUUUUGAUACCGUCAUAUUUAUAAGCAUAAACACACUUAAGAUAUAACUGACAAUCCUAUACAGAUUUUACUAGUAUGAAUUUUCUUUAAGUGAGGUUAUCCUAUCCAUAUGUGUACAAUACAUUUUAAUAAACAAAAUCAGAAACGUAAAUACUGACUGAUGGACGGUAUAAUGUACGACCUUUAUAAUAAUACAAAGACUGCUCUAUGCAGUGAUAUUUUAAAAGAAAUAAAAAAGUCCGACUUUUGCACCUUCUUCACCAAACUCUUAGAAGAUUGUAGUGUGUGUGUGUCCCAGAGCUUAGAUUCUACAGUGCAUUUACUGUGUGAAACCAAUUUGAAUUUAAAGAAACUAAUAGAAUACAUUGAAGAGGCAGUUUGUCUCCUUCAGCUCAUGUCCAACUUUAUAAAAAAUGUUGUCGAAUCAGUAUCCAUGACUUGUUGCAACAUGAAGUCCUUUCCAACAACUACAGGACAAAUAUUAGUGACUGUUUUUAAACACUGCCGGGAUAGUGAACAAAUCUAUGGUGGACAUUUAAUGAAAGUGGGUGAACAACUGAAGGAUCUCUUUCGGACAUGCCAUGAGCUUCAGAUCACAUACCUUAUGAUACUGGAAAAGAGUUUCCUGUUUGAUUUGACAGAAAGUGAAGAACAAGAUGUCUUAAUUAAUGCAUUACAAAUGAAUUUAGAGGUUGGCGAGAUUGUCCAAGGUUUGGAUGUGAAAACAUUAGCAGAACAGUGGAAAGCUUACACAGCCAUGUGUGAAAAAUAUUCAGCAUAUUUAAUGGAUAAGAAUGUCUAUAACAAAUGUACUCAAAUUUUAUGCAGAAUUAUCAAUAAUAACAUUGUGAAUUCACUUGAGGUGGGCCUGGAUGAAAAAGUGGUGAUACGGUCUCUAAAAGUGACCAGUUUUAUCAUAAAGAUAUUUCUAAAGCUUACCAAUACUUUUAGAAACUCAUCCAUUGAGAAACAGAAUGAUAUUAUGGAAACACUAAUCAAUGUUUACACGAACAAUGAAGCAUAUCUCGAGUUAGAUGGGAGAGCACCACAAUUUAUAAAUCUAAUAAAAUCAAAUGUGUUGAUCCCUACAGACCAUCUGUUAGGUGAACUUUUGAAAAAUGAAUCUUUUGUAAAUUGUCUAUUUCGAUAUGAUGUCACUAGUCUUGAUUGGAAGGAUGAAAAAGUACUUGGAUACAUAAUUUUUUUAACAACCAUAAUCAAACACAUGAUGCAAGAUGAUGCAAAUUUGAAAGUUUCAUCACAUAAACUUGUGAUAUGUGUCUUUGAUUGUGUAUCUUGUUGCCACAUUUGGUUCAACAUGCCUCUAAAAUUCGACGGCGAAUCAAUCAACAGUGACAGUACUUACGGUUUAUACGAACACCUUCUUUCUCAUACAGCAGCUGUCUCGCUCACUCUUAGUUCUGAGGAAUUGUGUGCUCUAGAAAAACUUAUGUGUGAGCAACUACUGAGCACCAAUUGUUGGAUUGGAUUAUUUGCAUCGAACCUUUGGGUUUUAAUAGCAAGGAUGAGCAGUCAAUAUUUAAUAUCCUCCCACUUGGUUUCUCUGUGUCGGAUAUAUCAGAAACUUGAGGCCUAUGCUUUGUUUGCAAGUUCUCCACAACAAAUACAUCUAAGCGCGACCAUCACCAGACUUUUUGAACUUUUAGACAAGGACAACAAAACUAGAAUGUUCAGACAUUUCAGCCCUGUUUACGAUGAGACAAAUAUUAAUUUGUGGAUUGCUCUUAAAAUGAAUAAUGUUCCUUGGGAUAUUAGAUGUGAGCUCGAAGAAGAUGUUAUAGAAAAAUGCAAAAUGGCUAUUGAUAAAUUCUGUACAUCAAAUUUAGAUAAUGAAGAAAUACGGCAGCUGAUAAAAAUAGUAAAUCUACUAGCAACAUUUUCAUUAACUGCCGAUAAAAUGGGAGAACAUCUGUUAAAAGCGUGGAUGUGCGUUUGCCUCAAGAAUAACAGCAGCAUUUCGAAAGCAGAAUUCGAUAAAAGUACAAUUUGGUUUCUGGAGUAUGUCCAAGCGAUCACUGAACUUACUUAUUCUAUGAAGAAUACUUUUUUUGCGAACCCUAUGAAUUUAAUAAAGGCACUGCAUGUGAUAUCUACACUCAUACAAAAUGGUAACACUCAACUGAAGUUACACCUCAUAGAGCCACUUUGCAAAUAUGCUACUUUACAUAAACCAGACAACAAAUCAUCAGUGGAAUUGUUAGCUUCAGAAUCAUUUCUAAUAUUAUUCCAGUCCGAUGUUUCAGUCAAAGGCAAAUUAUUCGUCACACUGCAUAAGUAUAUGCACGAUGUAAAAAUGGAUAAAAUAAUUUCUCUGACUAUGAACCAAGAAAAUGUAUUUAGAGAAAGUUGGAAUUUCUUCUUGCAAAAAAGUAAAUGGAGUAAUUUCAAUAAAACAAAUAUACUUGAACAAUUGGAAAUAACAAUGAAAUUUAACUAUGUACACAAGUGUCUCGAAAAUGAAUCUGAAUUACUGAGUUUCAAAAAAGAUAUAGAUUUUAAUAAUUCUAAUUUUGUUCAACUGGAAAGAAAAUCAAGUGAGAACUUUGACCUGGUUGAUGUAGACGACAUAUUUGAUAACGAUAGUGAUGCUGAGCCUACAUGUAAGAAAAUGAAAUACACUAACGAAGCAAAAGCAAGUGAUAUUGUUUGUAGACUUGAAAAUGAUACAUUGUUGUUAUACAAAAUCAAAGAAAACCUCUUUGAUGCUGAUAUUAGGAGAAGGGUAAAAAUUGUAAGUGAACAGUUAAGAAAUAUAAUUGAAUGAAAUCUU